CAUGAACUCAAGGAGACGAAGACAAUCUGUUUGUUUGUGGCACGAGUGCACAAAUAAAGUCCUCAUUUAAAUGGGUAGAUACAGGAUUUGUUUUCUGCUGAUCCCACGUCGCAACCGGUAUCUGCCUGACAAGUCAUUUAGUCCACCGCUGACCCUUAAAAUCUUUUCUUCCUUAAGCAAUACAGUCUGUGCCAGAAAUGAUUGCCAUAUCUGAUUCUGCACAUUGUCCUCCCAUGCACGGCCGUGCCUCAGCAUCGGGCUGCCUUGAUUUUUUCACAGAUAUCACAUGGAAGAAUUUUACAAGCUCCAUUACGUCGACCGGAGGGGCGCCAAGUUCAGUACAUGCAGGAAACGGGCCAAGACAGAGCGACGGAUGGAUGGAAGAGAGGAGUUGCGUCUGGGCCCCGGUCAGCCCGGCAGCUCUUACAAAUGCUGCCCAGUCAGUAACGGCACUGCGGGCCGCAGACCAACCCUCAUCGAACCAGAACGGCUGAAGGACUUUGGUGAGGAGGAGCUGCUCAACGGGGAUGUGAAGGUCUACGAAACCAAGGUGGUGGGGUUUCCCGAGAUCACACUUAUGGACCCCCCCAAAACCAGACGAGUCAGCGAGUUCAGGGCUGUCCCAAAACCCCAGUACCUCCGCUUUGAGGACAUCAGCGCCGCGGCCUUCAGGAUCCAGACAGGGAUACAGAAGACACCCUGCACGUACUCCAGACUGUCCAAACAGUACGGGAUGGAGAUCUACCUGAAGAAGGAACACCUGCACUACACAGGCUCCGUGAAGGAGAGAGGAGUGCUGUACAUGCUGUCCUCUCUCACUCAGGAGCAGCAGAGGAAGGGUGUGAUUGUGGCCACCGACUGUAACUUCUCCAUGGCCGUAGCUCACCACGCAGUGGAGCUGAAGAUCCCGGUGUUUGUCAUCAUGCCGUCAUGCUGCUCCUCGCCUCGCCUCAGGAUCUACAGAGACUACGGCGCCAUGGUCAUCUCCUACGGAAGCACCGGUCACGACUCCCAGAACCACGCCCGCCACCUGGCCAAAGAGAACGGAUACCUCUUCUUGGAAGAAGAUGAGAGCGCGGCGUACCUGGCAGGACUGGGCACCGUAGGCAUGGAGAUCUACGAGCAAGUACCCAAACUGGACGCGGUGGUGGUUCCUGCAGCUGGACAGUACGGUCUGCUGGCUGGUACAGCUGCAGCCAUCAAACACCUCAACUCACGAAUUCUCGUCAUCGGAAUUGAGCCAGAAGGUUUCCCUCUGCUGCUACAGUCUCUGAAAACCGACAGUCCAAUCAAAGACAUCCACAGCGUCCCCAAUAAGAAACUCUAUGGAGAUCUCAUGGAGCGCUCGCUGGGUGUGAACACCUUCCAGCUGGCAAAGAAACUAGUAGAUAGAGUCAUCUCUGUCAGUGAGGAGGACUCUUUGGUGGCGAUGCUGCGGUUUCAGGAGUUCGAGCGCUCCACUGUGGACACAGAGGGCGCCAUGGGACUGGCUGCCAUCUUGGCUGGACAACUACCGGAGCUGAGAGGCAAAAAGGUUGCUGUCGUGGUGAGCAGCGCUAACAUGGAGCUGGAGCUGGUGAGGCAGUGUGUGGAGCGGGCCCUGGUGCUGGACGACCGGGUCAGUAAGUUCGCGGUGCAGCUGGGAGAAUGGCCAGGAGACAUGGCUAAGCUGCUGGACGUCCUGUCCAGAGAAGACGUCAGGCUGUUGGACGUCUGCCAUCGGAGACAAAGCGACAAGUCAAACCUCUUCAGUGCAAAGGUGGAGUGUGUGGUGGAGACCAGAGAUAAGACACAGAGCGCUCAGCUGCGCAAGACGCUGAGUGAGCGCUACCCCUCUCUAUGCUGGCUGGACCGGUGAUCUCGACCAACACCAACACAAACUGUCACGGCAAAACGAAGAAAACGGAGAGGAGACGACACAUUCAUGAAAUGCAGAACACAUCCUGUAACAUACACUACUAUGAUAUAGGACUCUUAAGAGAUGUUGAACAAACCUAAGUGUGUGCAGAGAAGCCUUGAGAUUAUAGAGCAGGUACUAUUCACAUUACUUUAUUCCUUUUGCUGCUAUUGUUCUUUAAUCAUCAGCACCCUGUAAUUGCAGUAACGUUGUUAGGCUCCAUUCAGAAGAUGAAUGUAGUUCUUAAAGUGACAUUACCUCCAGAGUAUGAAUGAAACACUGAUAGACUAGACGCAGGCUAACUACACAGUAUACACCUCCAUAAACCGCCCGCAUGAAAGAUAUAUUUUUCAAUCCACACUGUUUUUAAACUGUUGUAUAUAAAUCUGUGUUUAUACUGUCUCAGGUGUAGAGUCAAUCCAACUAUGUGUUACUCCAAAUAAAGACUGAUUCAUUCUACA